CAAAACCACAACCCGGCCUACUCCUUUUUCUUCAAACAUCAACGGGCAUUGCUGAUCACCCUCAAUACCCGUCUACUCCAAACCCACAAUCCCAGAAGCUCUACACCCUGGCUUUCGCAUCUAUGUCUGCACAACCUGUGCCUUCGCCUGGCCAAUGGCCAGUAGAUCCUCAAGAAGAUGUUGCCAUCAGCAAAGAACGUAUCUGGAUAGACGGUUGCUUCGAUUUUAGCCAUCAUGGCCACGCGGGAGCUAUGCUCCAGGCUCGCAGGCUUGGAAAGGAACUGUUUGUCGGUGUACAUUCUGACGAGGAUAUUUUGGAGAACAAGGGUCCAACUGUCAUGACACUUUCCGAGCGAGUGUCAGCAGUUGAUGCAUGUCGUUGGGCAUCAAAAUCAAUUCCCAAUGCACCAUAUGUCACGCAGUUACCCUGGAUCUCUCACUAUGGUUGUUACUACGUGGUUCAUGGAGAUGACAUCACUUCCGAUAGUAACGGGGAUGACUGCUACAGAUUUGUCAAAGCUGCUGGGCGUUUUCUGGUUGUGAAACGUACCCCUGGCAUUUCUACAACGGAUCUCGUCGGCAGGAUGCUGCUUUGCACCCGUACCCAUUUUAUCAAGUCGCUCCCUGCCUUUUUAAGGGGGGAAGAAGGCUCUGGGAGUGACGUAGAGCGGAAGCAGGUUGCGAAUGAAUCUUUCCAGAGAAUUAAAGACUAUGCAACUGAUGAAACUGGUUUGCAACCGGGGCCCGAUGUCUGGACCUGGGAAGCCUCAGCGCCAGCAAAACUCGAGCAUAGUAGCACGGAACAAGGUAGUUUCCAGCAUCUCGUUGAAGGCAAAGGACCAAAACCAGGCCAGCGAAUAUCCUAUGUUGAUGGUGGUUUUGAUUUAUUCUCUUCCGGUCAUAUCGAGUUCCUCCGCCGUGUCCUCGCAAUCGAAGCUGAGGACGCAACUCGUCGUGGUUGGUACCUUCAGGACAGCAUCGAGAAAAGAAUAAAAGAAUGUGGAGAAGAUUACGGCCCGGCUUAUAUUGUGGCUGGUGUCCAUGACGACGAAGUCAUCAAUCACUGGAAGGGACUGAAUUACCCGAUUAUGAAUAUUUUCGAGCGAGGACUUUGUGUGCUCCAAUGCCGAUAUGUCCAUGCCGUUAUAUUCAGCGCCCCAUUCACGCCUAACAUUGCCUACCUCAGAGCUCUUCCAUUUGGCAUGCCUGAUGCGGUCUACCACGGCCCAACCACAUUUAUACCCCUCACAUAUGAUCCAUAUAUCGCUCCAUCGAAGCUAGGCAUUUUCAGACAAGUGGAUUCUCACCCUUUCCAGCAUGUGAACGCUGGUGAGAUUGUGCAGCGGAUCUUGAAGAGCCGGGAGGCAUUUGAGGAGAGACAACGUGCUAAGCUACUGAAGGCGGCCAUUGAAGCAGAUUUUAAGGCGAAGGAAAAGCUUGGAAAGUAG